AUGCAAGUUGUUUGGGAAGCGGACACUGCGGCCUUUGCCAGCCGCAAGAGAGCAGCACGGGCCUGCCAGAAAUGUCGAGCUGCCAAAAAGCGGUGUCACCACACCUUUCAACGACCGCCAGAUCAGCAAGCCGACACGGACGGGCUGGAAAGAGUACUCCCCAAUCUCACUCACAAAGAACCGAUCCGCUUUGUCGGUGACCUCAACCCGGAGUCGAUAUUGACCGAUCUAUCAUCACGCAAACAUGGCACGCAACGUAUCAGUAGAGUCGGUACUUGGAUUGAACAGUCGCGAGAUGUCCAGGAUAGCUUACCGCCGGAUGACCUUGGACCUCCGCCGGCGCAGAAGUCGGGCGAGAAAACACCGCUGAAUGUCGAAAAGUAUGGCAAGGUCGAGGGCGGCCGCCGGACGUUGACUGGCCACCAACGGAACUAUUUGCAGGCUGUAGGAGCCUUCCGCGUCCUGCCAAAAGCCACACAGGAUGCCAUGGUCACCACUUACAUCGCUUGUUUUGAUGGCCUCCUGCCGAUCCUGAACGGCAUGAAGCUACUCAAAGACUAUAGCGAAGGGCGAUGCUCGAUAUUCCUGAUGCAAGCAAUAUGCCUGGUGACCUGCAAGACUGAGGAGGCGGCAGCGUACCUUCGGCUCUAUGAUGACGGGCCACUGCUCGAUCCAAUUCCGUUCGCUCGGAGUCUGCACACAGGACUGGAUGCUGCAAUGAAGGCGGAUCUCGAACCUGAUCGAGUCACAAAGAUCCAGAUUCUAACUUUGAUGCAUCUGCACAACGACGGUCCGGGUGGGAUCGAGGAGUCUUCCCUUCACCUGUCCAUGGCGAUCCACGAUGCAUGGACCUCUGGUUUACACAUCCACACCCCCGGGCGAACACUUAAAGAUCAGUCAAGCAUGCUGUGGUGGACCAUUUGGACACUGGACAAGAUCAAUGCUUGUCUAGGCGGUAGGCCGAUCGUGAUUGCGAACAGGGAUAUUGAUAUAUCUCGCCCGCCGUUGGAAAGCACAAUUCCACGAAGUAAUGUUAUCAACAUGUGGCUGAGGCUCGGGGACCUCCUCGACGACGUCAUUGAGUUCUACAGGCCGACUGCGGACCCAGACUGCACUGGAUGGGAGACGGAAUUCCCAACGUACGAUUCUCUGGCGGAGGGGAUUGAUCGCGACUUAAUCCAUGGGUCAGAACAAAACGUCCUGGAGAUCUGUUACCUCGUCAUCUCGAUUCUCUCGUGUCGCGCCGGCGGUCCAACAACUGCAAGCUACGCCCGCCGCAUUUCGGCCGCCAGUCGAAUCCAAGACCUUCUCUCUGAUGGCAAGCACUUAUCAGUGCCACCCCUUCCCCUCAUCCCUUACGCAGUCGGCCUGACGUUGACCGUAACCUACCGGGGUCUUCGCGACAACGCAUUCGAAGACGGUGAGCGGGCUCAAGCGGACCUGGCAACGAGAUGUGAAAUGUUGGAAGCGUUAAGCACGUAUUGGUGGACAGCCGACGCCAUGGCCCGGCUUGGAAGGAAGGCACUCAAGAGUCUCAAGGAGACGGGUGUGAGGAAAGCUAGCGUCGCCAACAUCGCCAACGCCAUGGAAGCCGAAGUCUCUGCCUGUAAGUUCGGACCGUUCGAGGGAAGAGGCCACCACCCCAGCCACAAUGCUACUCCCGCGGCGACAACAUCUGGAAGCACGCGCGGUCCUUCCACAGUGGCAUCUUCCGGCAGCGGCCGAGGUAAUGGACUGCAUGUCCUCUCCGAUGCCGCGGCCACGCACUCCAAUUCCGCACCAGGAGCCGCAAAAGCAGUCUCCCCCUCAACGGCACGUAGCGGCGGUCGAAGAAGUCGCACCACUGUGGCACCGACGUUAACAAGCACACCAAGUCUCAAAUCUCCCACACCAGCCCCUAGCACAGGCACAGGCACAGGCGCCGGCACUGGCACAAACACCAGCACUCCCCAGCACGUUGGAAACAGCUAUACCUCAGCCUACAGCCAGGUUCCCCCCGUCUCGAAUGGCCCUGCCACCUACAACAUCAACUCCAACCGACCCUCCAGGCUACCGAUGCCGGGAUACAUCUCCCUGAACGGCAAUCCCCACGCCUCUCCCGCCAUGUCGCACCCUUUCACGUCCGGCUCCAUGGCGGGGCCCUUCAAUCCUGCCGCCAUGGACGCGCAUCCCUCGUUCGACCUCUACGACUCUUCAUUCAACGACCUCGACAAUCUCUUCGAGGGCUUCUUCGACCUGUCGAUGCCGACGAUUUGGCAGGACCCACUGUUCGACGGAGACGCCUUCUCGAGCGCGGAUCUGGAUCUAGCCAUGAGCGGUGUGGAUUCCACGUUGGCGGGUAUGCAUGACGCUACCACGGGAGCUGGCUAUGAGACUGGCGCGGCCGAGAGCGGUAUGCUCGGUGGUGGUGGUGGUGGUGGUGGCGGUGGCGGAGGGACAGGUGCGAUGGGUGCAAAGAUGGCCGGAAGUGUCGCCCCGAGAGCCCAGUCGAGUGGGGGCUAUCCUGAGAUUGCUAUGCAUUGA